CGAAAAGCCUUAGUAUCGUUAACGAAUUCUCUCAUUUUCUGAAAAGAAUUGUGAAAUGUCGACCGUAGGAAUGGACAACUUCAAAUUGCCAUACGUAACGAAAAGAUUGAAGAUAAAGUUUAGUAGAAGAGCAGUAAAUGAAGAAUUUAGAGCAAGAGUAUGCAAAAAUCGAUCUAAGAAUAAAGUGGUUGUCAGAAAAUGUGUAAUUUGCAAAGUUAAUGAAGCCAUACUAAAUACAUAUGGGUCGUUGGCUUGCUUGUACUGUUUGGAUUUCUUCUAUGAUUGCGUAUCCAACUUGGUAGUGUCACAAUGUAUAAAGAAUGGCAAUUGUCCACGUCUUCCUGACGAUUGUAACUUUUGCAAGUUAAAUAGAUGCUACGAUGCCGGAAUGAAGGCGCAACUGAUUGAUUGUGGGGAAACUUACUCAAUUUUGCGCUCUAUUCGUUUCACUCAAUCACCACGAGGAAUCAGGUUCCUGAAGAAGAGAGACAAAAAACAAUUAUUUGAGUGUAUACCUUGCCUUAGAGAUAUGUUUCUCAACACUAUAUUCUCUAUGGAACAGUUUACAUGUUUACCAAUAACAAGAAAACAAUUCCUUCUGUCAAAAGCAAUGAUAAGAGGAAUAAUCAUGGAACUCGUCGAGAUGUGCCUUCAGGUUCAUAAUGUCUUGAGAUUGAAAACAUCCUUUGUCGAUCCUCAUGUAUCUCGCAGUGAAUUUGUUAGAGAUUUUGGUAUAAAUGUUUUACGCCUCACAGAAGCUAUCAGGACGAAUAAGAAUAACGGAAUUUUCUCGUUCUAUAACAUUAAGCUAUUUCUGAUAUUUCAAAGGAGUAAGUACAAAUUUGUUUUACUAUAUGCAUUUUUAAACAUUAAGAAUAUUUACUUUUUUUAUAUAAUUUCUUUUAGGAAUCUAUUUCCCUAACAAUAUUUAUUUAACGAGACGUUUAAAUACGGAAAAUGAACUUAUUGAAAUUAUAGAAAAGUUAUUUAAUGAAAAUCUUGAAGCAAUGGAAUGUAUAUGGAAAAUUUCCCGUGUUCCUCCGUCUGAAGA